GCACUGGCAUUUAAAUCUGCUGCAGUGGGAAGCCCGUGGACGCCUGUCACCGUGAGUGAAUCUGCUCUAUUGGAGGAUCUGGCGCUCGUUUUCUCUUCUCUUUCAUAAUAGCUAUUGUAUCUCUUGCAUUUGCUGACUGAUACAUUGUAGCCUCUAGCGACGCGCGCUUUUAUUCCAACAAAGCCUGAAUGAAAGGCUGCGUGUUUGGCCAUGUUUUCGACCGUAACGUUUAAACAGAAUAUUAUAUAAUGCAUCAUAUUUUGUAAUUAUGGUCUAAUCUUUGGCGCAUUUUGUGUCGUGAGUGGAGACAAGGGAACAGUUUCAAUGGACUCUUAAAAUACAUCGACGUCAUUACAGAUCCAUUCAUUUGAAUACACUACAGUAGGACUAAGGCGCAUUUGUGCAUAUUGUGAAAUAAUUAUCCAAAAACAACAGAUAUAUCGUCUAAGGUUGGCUAUACUCGAGUUGCAUCAUGUUCAGCUGGUUGGGUACCGAUGACAGGAGAAAGAAGGAUCCAGAGGUCUUCCAGACUGUCAGUGAAGGACUCAAGAAGCUUUACAAAACCAAACUGCUUCCACUGGAGGAACACUACAAAUUCCACGAGUUUCACUCACCCGCUUUGGAGGAUGCAGAUUUUGACAAUAAGCCCAUGGUUCUCCUGGUGGGACAGUAUUCCACUGGGAAAACCAGCUUCAUAAGAUAUCUCCUGGAGCAGGACUUCCCUGGUAUGCGGAUCGGUCCAGAACCCACAACUGACUCCUUCAUAGCAGUGAUGCAUGGCACCAUGGAGGGACUAAUACCAGGAAACGCGCUGGUAAUGGAUCCCAAAAAACCCUUUCGGAAGCUCAACGCCUUUGGGAAUGCCUUCCUUAACAGAUUUGUGUGUGCCCAGCUGCCCAACCCUGUUCUGGAGUGUGAUUGACUGAUUGACACUCCAGGAAUCCUGAGCGGAGAGAAACAAAGGAUCAGCAGAGGCUAUGACUUCGCUGCGGUGUUGGAGUGGUUCGCCGAACGCGUGGACCGCAUCAUCCUGCUGUUCGACGCCCACAAGCUGGACAUCUCGGACGAGUUCUCAGAGGUCAUCAAGGCCAGACGGAGAGGACGGAGCUUUGCUUUUGUGCUCUCACAGGUCCAUGCAUACAUCAUUAGCUCCUUGAAAAAAGAAAUGCCCUCAGUCUUUGGGAAGGAGAACAAAAAGAAGGAGCUGGUUAACAGCUUGGGCGAGAUCUACAGCCGCAUUGAGAGGGAACACCAGAUUUCCCCAGGAGACUUCCCUAAUCUUAAGAAAAUGCAGGAGCAGCUUCAAGCACAUGAUCUGAACAAGUUCCAGCCUCUGAAAAUGAAGCUGUUGGACACCGUGGACGACAUGCUGGGCCACGACAUCGCCCAGCUUAUGGUUCUGGUGCGUCAGGAGGAGACGCAGCGCCCCAACCAGGUGGUGAAGGGUGGCGCCUUCGAGGGUACCAUGAAUGGGCCGUUCGGACAUGGAUAUGGUGAGGGAGCCGGCGAGGGCAUUGAUGAAGUCGAAUGGGUGGUGGCACGUGACAAACCUAUGUAUGAUGAAAUCUUCUACACUCUCUCGCCCGUCAAUGGCAAAGUGACUGGAGCCAAUGCCAAGAAGGAGAUGGUGAAGUCCAAGCUGCCAAACACUGUGCUGGGUAAGAUCUGGAAGCUGGCUGACAUUGAUAAAGAUGGGCUGCUCGAUGAUGAGGAGUUUGCCUUGGCCAAUCACCUGAUCAAGGUCAAACUAGAAGGUCACGAGCUUCCAAGCGAACUGCCCGCUCAUCUUGUGCCGCCCUCUAAAAGAAAGGUUCCAGAGUAAUUGGUUUGGAAUUGGGAUGGAUUUUGGGAAAGCAUAUAGUUUGAAUUACAGAUGGCCGGACAACUUUUACUAUACUGUAGAAAAAAAAUAACUGUGACUUCUUUGAAAUGUGUGGUUUAUGCUUCACUAGCAAGGACGGAUUUGGAACUCUUUUGACUUGUAUAUGUAUUUUUUUGUUUUGUUUUAUUUUUUAUGAACAAAUUGUGCUGUCUGCAGUCUGUUUUAUGUGUGCUUUCAGAUUUUACAAUCAUAUUUUUAUGCCACAAUUUCAAUUUCAUCUGUUCAGCUAUCAUGACUGUAACGCUGAGUCCUAACCAGUCAUGUUGCGAUGAAUGAUAUUAAAUGUAAAACAGCACAUUUUGUCGAUUACACGAUUUCAUUUUCUGUGACAAUUCAGUGAAAUCUCAUUGGUCUAAAAAUCUACUUCAGGUAAUUACAUUAAACAUCGUUAUCUUCUGAUUGGUCGACAAUGACAUUGUGUCAUGUUUCGUAGCUGUUUUGUGUUCAGGUGAUUAUUUGUCACAUUGCGCCUGGUUAGGACUCGCUAAAAUGCUUUUCAAUAUAUUUCAUUUUCACGCUCAAUUUACACUACUGU